AUGUCUUUCCUUGGCGGCGGCUCUUCCUCCUCCAAGUCCAAUGAGGACAUCAAGACGGCUUUGCUGCAGCAAGUCCAACAAGAGCAGGCGAUGAACAACGCCCGCGCUCUCAUCGGCAAAAUCAACGAGAACUGCUUCGACGCCUGUGUGCCUGCCCCCGGCGCCUCGCUUUCUGCUAAGGAGAACGCCUGCAUGUCCAGCUGCAUGCAAAAGUACAUCAACAUGUGGAACACAGUCAGCCGCAGCUACAUGCACCGUAUGAACGAGGAGAGGAAGAAGAUGGGUGGUGACAUUGCUGGCCUGUCUAUGUAA